CUUUUUCUUCUCGGCUCAUCCCACUGAUCGAUAGGGGUCAAAAUUGAUUUUUGAUGGAACCAUUUCUGCAGAUGGCGACUCUGAAGCGCCUCAAUUUCUCGGAUACUUGUCUGCAGAAGUCUCCCUCAGAAGAAGUUUCGACGAAGAAGAAGAAAUUGGCUUCUCCGGUGAUCAAACGGAUCUGGAACGAGGACGAUGAGCUCUCUAUCUUAAAGGGAUUGGUGGAAUACAGAGUGAAGACAAGGCACGAUCCAAGUUUUGAUUGGGAUGGUUUCUUCUGUUUCGUGCAAGGUUCCAUCCAUGUGAGAUUCUCCAAGGAGCAGCUUUUUAGUAAGGUCAGGAAGUUGAGGAGGAAGUUCGUUCUUCACAUGGAGAGAAUCGAUCGAGGGGAAGAUCCGCUCUUUACUAGGCUUACUGACUCUCAAGCCUUUGGAUACUCCAACAUGAUCUGGGGCCUAAACCAAGGUGAAGUUGCUGCUAACGGAGGAGGCACUGAGAAAGCACCAGGAGAUACUCAAGAGGAUGAACCAUUGGAUAAUGCUGGACGUGUAAAUGACAAUGGGGAUGAAAGUAGUAAGCUUGAUGGCAAAGAUUCUGAAUUUGCUGAUGGAGGCAUGGAGAACGUAAUGCAGAUCGAGAGUGACGAGAAUGCCUCUAGGGAAAAGGGUCGAGUAAGUAAUGAUGAACCUGUAAAUGAAAACGGGGCGGAGAAAGGUGAGCUUGACGGGAAAGAGAGUCAUGAUGAUGAUGAUGAUGAGUUGCGCGUUGUUGAAGAUGCGUUUGAGACCACGAUUUUGCAAGGUUUAAGCGAUUGGCAGAGGAAUUUACAGCUUAAGAAGCUGAUGAUGAACCUCGGAACGGAGAAAAGAAAAGAGUUAAGCAAUGAAUGGAAAGCAUUAUGUUCUGAGGAAGUAAAAUUGAAAAUCAAAAAGCUUAGGUUUACCGUAAAGCUUGUAGAGGCAGCAAAUGAUGGAUGAAACUAGGCCAUUGCAUCAUUUUUGUUGUAAUGGUGUUGUUUAGUUAGAGAGUUGGUAUUUCGUAUUAGUAUAAGUUUUAAUCAGUUAAGAUGUGUUUUUUUUUCUCCGGCUUAUUACAAUUUCUUAUACUGAAUACUUUACUUGGAAAUUGUUAUUCUCUUGAGAGCUACAGUAUUA